CAACACUUGGCGUCUCAAUAAGUACUUUGGUUGUGUUUGCGAUCGACUUUUGUUAACAGGAUGCGUCUGACGGCUCGUCGUAGUGUACUAAUUGAAUUUGACGGAUAUUCGUAGGGCUGAAUAGAAAAUCGGCUUGUCUUAUGAAUUGAGUCGGGAAUUGACAAUGCUGCAGGACUGUCGCAGAACGUAUUAUUUGACGCGAACUGUAUCUUACUGGGUCGCAAAAUAAUAGGUAUCACUUAAACACUACUUUCGCAUCGUUGUUUUUCUUGUUUGUGUAUUUGGUACGAAAGCUUGCGAACACGACAGAGAAGUGCCAAGUCACUGCGACUGGCUGAUAUUUCGGAAAAGUAGUAUUACCUGUAGAUGACCAGAUUUGUUUCCCAAUUUGUACUUAGCAGCAGAGCGUGUCUGUAGUAAACUCUUGUGUUUGCGAACUCAACCUGUCAUUCGUUUUGAAGUCGUGGUACUGAAGUCAGGACUAUGCGUGAUGUGGCACAAGUAUCCCGUUGCAAAAUUUUUGAAUGUUUUUUCGCAGAAGUUGCGUUGAGGGAGAGCUAUGUUUGUAAACAUACUGUCGCUAUUGGAAUUCAAUCGUCUUUUCUGUAUCGCCGAAUGUAAAUGGAUAUGGCAGAAGAGCGCAAAAGCAGAAAGGGAAUGAGUUCUCCAAUACCAGUUCCAUCUGGAGGCUCACGUCAAAGUUAUGAUCUGUCAUCUCCUGGCCACCUUCCAGAUCAGGGGAGAGUAAUGACACCACCAAAUUCUUCAGGCCGUGCAUCAGUAGGAGCAUCGAUUGAUCAGGGGAGAGUAAUGACUCCACCAAAUUCUUCAGGACGUGCAUCAGUGGGAGCGUCGAUCAAUGUAGCAAACUGGCUUGACAACAGUGUGUCUAAAUCUGGAGAAUCUCCUGCAUCCGACAAGUUACAACCUCUAACAAGAAAAGAGUCGUACAAAGCCCAGCGCAAAAACUACUGCCGAGAGAAGAAAAGAGUGGCUAAAGAACUACUGAGCUCUCUCAAAGAUCCAUCUGUAAUUGUAUUAGCUGACUGGUUAAAAGUUCGUGGCACGCUUAAGAGUUGGACUAAGUUGUGGUGUGUGCUAAAACCAGGACUUUUACUAUUGUACAAGAGCUUAAAAUUGAAGAGUAGCCAUUGGGUAGGAACAAUCCUUCUCAAUACAUGCCAGGUAAUUGAAAGGCCUUCAAAAAAGGAUGGAUUCUGCUUCAAACUUUCACCACUGGAGCAGUCCAUAUGGGCACCUAGAGGACCACACAAUGAAACGAUUGCAUCAUCUUCCGGCCCCAGCCCUAGUCCGUGUCCCAGUCCUGGCCCACUGUUUCAGCAGCUGUUUCAUGCAGUACCAUUCCUGGAACGUGAGUGCCCACCCUCUAUAUGCAUAAGCCCUGCCCCAGUAGAGCCCAGCCCUGGACCUGUGUUUACAGAUUUGGAUGACCUCAGCCAGCCAGACAAUGUACCUGAACAGCUCUCACUGUCAGACUCGGAUUCAGAGGGAUCAACUGGCAAGCGAGAUGAAGUGGGUGAUCUGCUGGAUGACCCACCUGAGACCAUAUAUGUUCACCAUGAGGAACGUCCAGAAGAGUUUGGAAGUGCUGGAGAGCAAGUUGAGGAGCUAGCAGAAGAGAAUAAAUCUCUGAUAUGGUAUCUUGUAAAGCAAGUUCGUCCUGGUAUGGAUCUGUCAAAAGUUGUCCUGCCCACUUUUAUAUUAGAGCCACGGUCAUUUCUUGACAAGCUGUCUGAUUCCUACUAUCAUGCUGAUAUUCUUUCACAGGCAGUACUGGAGGAUGAUGCCUUUACCAGAAUGAAGGGUGUUGUAAAAUGGUACCUGUCGGGUCUUUAUAAAAAACCAAAAGGCUUAAAGAAACCUUACAAUCCAAUCCUUGGUGAAACAUUCCGCUGUUACUGGGAGCAUCCAAAUUCAUCUCGGACUUUUUAUAUUGCUGAACAGAUUUCACAUCAUCCUCCAGUGUCAGCAUUUUAUGUAACCAAUCGGAGAGAUGGAUUCUGCAUCAGUGCCUCAAUUUUAGCAAAAUCAAAAUUCUAUGGGAAUUCUACAUCAGCUAUUUUAGAUGGAGUGGCUGUUCUAACAUUCCUUCCACGUGGUGAAGACUAUAGCAUUACCAUACCGUAUGCACAUUGUAAAGGUAUCCUCAUGGGAACACUAACUAUGGAAUUGGGUGGGAAGGUCACAAUAGAAUGUGAAAAAACAGGAUACCGCACUGAAAUUGAGUUCAAAUUGAAGCCCUUUCUGGGUGGUGCAGAACAGACAAACAUGAUAUCGGGACAGUUAAAGUUGGGGAAGGAAACCUUGGCAACGUUGGAUGGAUACUGGGACAGCAGUGUAUUCAUCAAAGAUCGGCGUACAGGGGAGGAGCAACUUCUGUGGAAGCCUACACCUGAGAUAAAAUCAAAGAGGUUGAAACGUUACACAGUUCCUAUUGAACAUCAAGGUGAAUGUGAAUCUGAAAAUUUAUGGCAACAUGUCACUGCAGCAAUUCUACGAGAUGACCAGGUUGCCGCUACCGAAGAGAAGACGGUUUUGGAAGAAGCACAGAGGGCUGCAGCAAAGGAACGUAAGAUAAAGGGUAUUGAAUGGAUACCAAAACAUUUUGAGCAGGAUAUUAUAUCUGGCCAGUGGGUUUACAAACAUGCUGAUCUACGGCCAUGGGAUCCCCGCAAUGAUGUAUUGCAAUAUGAAUACAGCUAUGUAAUUCAGACAAAAACAAGACACAGGACACCAAUGAUCCGUACUGCCAGCAUUGUCAGUGUUGAUCCUCAGAAUACACUUCGUCAAACAGAAUCACGCUCAUCUGUAACAGUAAUAAAGUCAUCGAAACACCAGCUUUCUACGCAAGUGAGUCCAGUUGACAGGAACAGUGGAAGCUCAUCCCCAGAAUUCCACAGUGAUUCCAGCCACACUGAAAGGCAUAAAAGUAGUUCUUGUGGGUCUGCAAGAGUGAAAGAAAGCCUCGCUGUAAUGCAGUCACAUCUUCAAGAACAGCACGAAAGGUUAUCUCGCAUUCAGCAUAAUCUAGAGCAGUUGGGGAAGCUACAAAGGGAGCAAGAGAAGGAGAGACAACUUAAUUUUAACAGGCAGUUAUACCGUGCAGCUGUUUUACUUAUUGUGAUUCAGUCCUUCAUAACAAUUAUUUUCUCUUACAUCGUUCAGUGGAAGUAAUUUACUAUUGGGUGACAUAUCUGUGUGAGCAUAUGCUUAACACAGCUGUGUACCUACUGUGACAGCUAUAGAAGAGAAGACAACCCUCUGUGAUAUAUUUUGUUUGGUUUCAAAAUGGCAUCUUUGAUCAUAAUAGUGAACUGUUUUAGUUGCGUUUAAAAUUGAGAGAGAGAUUGAAUGGCACGUAUGUUCCAUAAAACAUUUGUAAACUUUUGUAAUACUGUCACUGUAAAUUGAGCUGAUAAUGUAAGUUACAUUCUGGUACCUCACAUUUUAUUUAAAAUGUGCUGUGACUGUUGUGCAGCUGUUUCCCAGUGAACUUAGAUUGUUCAGAUGUUGUAGAUAUUAUUUCGUUUCUGUGUAUGUAUGAAAGAGUGGUAAAUAUUGAGCCUAGUCUGUCUAGGGGCAUGGAUGAUCAGACUUGUGUUCUUUUAAAAUUUGGCGGAAAGAAAGUAAACAAGCAUCUUGCUUCUGUGUCAUUGUCAAGUGAGUGAAACUGAAAUGUGAUGUGCUUCCAACUCCCCCCCCCCCCCACUCCC